CGGCUACCCCGCCUACGUCUCAAUCAAGGCUAUUGAAAGUCCCAACAAGGAUGACGACACGCAGUGGCUGACUUACUGGGUUGUGUAUGGCGUUUUCAGCAUAGUGGAAUUCUUCUCUGAUAUAUUUCUGUCCUGGUUCCCUUUCUACUAUAUGCUAAAGUGUGGCUUCCUGUUGUGGUGCAUGGCUCCAAGUCCUUCUAAUGGGGCAGAGUUUCUCUAUCAUCGAAUUAUCCGGCCUUUCUUUCUGAAGCAUGAAGCUCAGCUCGACAGUGUUGUUAAAGACCUGAAAGACAAGGCUGCAGAGACUGCAGAUACCAUCACUAAAGAAGCCAAGAAAGCAACAGUGAACUUACUAGGUGAAGAAAAGAAGAGCACUUAAACUAUUAACUGGAUAAAGUUUCCCUACCACCUCCUUUAUGAAGCUUGAUGUUACUGGGAGCUGUGGUAUAAUUUUGCGAAUAUUGCCUUGGAAAAAUUUUGAUAUGUUAAAGGAAUGUGUUGUAAGUUUGCUGACUACUUUGCUGUGUCUGUAUAGAAAGUAAGCAUUUUUAUUUAAAAGCAAUGCAGUGGGCAGCAUCUGAAGCUUAAUGGAAAUAUUUUAUCUAUCUUCAUGCAGAAGAAAUCUUUCAGUAAUAUCUUUCUGCAGUAACGUAAAUAAAAAGUAUAUAUCCCA